GGAGGAGCAACUUCCGGGAAGGGAAUUGUUUUCAUUUUUACAAUCUCUAAACACAGUGACCUUAGUUUAUGCCUCACAAAUAAGAUUUCAAAACGUUUUCUUUCACCGAAUUGUCGUUGGGAUUGCUAAGCGAUACGGAAAACUGACGCUGGUUGGGUUCUAUAACCUUCGGAGGUGCAAACUUCAACAGCUGUAAUGGCACCCCCAAGGAAGCGUGCCUUGCCCAAACCCCUCCCAGAUGACUUCAUACUGACAGACACUGAGAAAAAGAAAUGGAGGCUGGGGAAGAUCAUCGGUCAAGGAGGCUUUGGACUGAUUUAUCUGGCCUCCCAGGAUAUAAGCAGGCCUGUUGCAUCAGACACAGACUUUGUCAUAAAAGUGGAGUAUCAUGAGAAUGGCCCCUUGUUCUCUGAGCUCAAGUUCUACCAGAGAGCAGCCAAACCAGAGAGCGUGCACAAAUGGAAGAAAGGAAAGAAGCUGAGCUUUUUGGGUAUCCCGACAUACUGGGGAUCAGGACUGGCCGAAUACAAGAAUCUUCGGUACCGUUUCAUGGCCAUGGACCGGCUGGGUUGUGACCUUCAGCAAGUCUGUGAGCGCAACGGAGGUCGACUGAAGAAGAGCACUGUACUCCAGAUUGGUAAAAGACUGGUGGAUGUUCUGGAGUAUAUUCAUGAAAACGAGUAUGUCCAUGCUGACAUCAAAGCUGCCAACAUCAUGUUGGGUUACAGAGACCUGGACCAGGUUUACCUUGCAGACUAUGGACUCUCCUAUAGAUAUGCCCCUGAUGGAGUCCAUAAAGAAUACAAGGAAAACCCAAAGAAGGGCCAUAACGGAACAAUUGAGUACACCAGCCUUGAUGCCCACAAUGGAGUUGCGCCUUCAAGACGUGGUGACCUCCAGAUCUUGGGGUUUUGUCUUCUUCACUGGUUAUGUGGGUCACUACCCUGGGACAACGUCCUCAAAAACCCCAUUCAGGUGCAAGAGGCCAAAACCAUACUGAUGGAUAAUCUUCCAGGCUCGGUUCAGCAGCUGUCAGUGAGUGGAGCCAGCACAGAUGAGCUAGCUGAGUUUCUGAUUUAUGUGAGAACUCUGGACUACGACGAUAAGCCUGACUACGAGCUUCUUAAAGAGCUGUUGCACUGUCGUGUCAAAGGAGGACUUGACCUGUCUGUGCCUGAAGGUCACCAAAGGUCAGCCGCCAAGGAGUCUUCUAAAAGAGAGAAGCAUCAGAAAGGAGGAACAGCUAGAGGGUCUUGCAGAGACAAGCUGGAUGAUGAAGAACUGGAACACCCAAAGUCCAAACCGGUGUCAGCGCGCCACAUACGGGGCCUACCCGCCACUAAAUCCAGUGAGAACAAAGAGGUUUCUCCUUCUAGAAAGUAUUUACUGAGGCCGAGGCUCCCAUGUAUGUAUGAAGAAAACGAAGACAGUGAGGAGGAGGAUGAGGAGGAAGAGGAGGAGGAGAAGGAUGUCAGACCCAAACGUAUUUCUGCAUGCUACCUGAGAGGUCCUCCCAUUGGCCCUGCAGAUCAGCCCAAACAGAGUACUAAAUCCAAAAGACCUGACAACAAAACAGACGAGCAGACCAGGACCAUGGCGAGACGAGAACAUCAACGCAGCCUCCAUAGCGGGGCACGGUGUGACAGGGAGAGACAGAUGCAUGAUGGGGAUUACAGAGAAUGCUGGGAUGAAAGGCCGCGUCAGAAUGGAGGGCGGUACUGCCACAUCCAUUCAAAGUACAGCCAGAUCAUGUCAGAGUGCAAACCUGCCACCGUACAGAGAAACUCCUGGAAGUCCAGGUUUGUCUGUGUGGGAUUCAUCCUGCUAGUGGGAGCUGCUUUUUUCUUCGCUGAAGUUCAAUUCAAUAGCAUAAGUGACUUAUUUAGCAGGUAGAAGGUCAUUUUCUUUUCAUGCUGCUCCUCAGGUCUUCUGGGCGGCCAUUUUCACUGUAAUAGGCUGAAAUACAAAGAUAAGCAUCACGUUGUUGUAAUUAAUGAAUUAUCUGUAAAGUUGAAAGAUGUGGAAGAAAAAAUCUCAUGCACAAAUUACUAGAACUCUGACUCAGUUCUAGCUACUAAGCUGCGUGUGAAGGCACUUUGAGAAGACAAGGCCAGAUGAUGAAUGGAUCCAUAUGAGUAGCUGCUGAAUAUGUAUGCGGCGCUGAGGCCAGGCCUUUGUGUCGGCUGCCUGCGUCCACAUACCUUACUGCAGUAAGGACACUCUCCAAAAACAAGGUUGAAGCUCUGCCUGCUGGAGGGGAGUGCUCUCAGCCACUGGAGGAAAGAAAAGACUCGUUGAUCUCGUCACCUUGGACAUGGUGACAUUAACAUGUUUCUACGUGCACUACUCCUUUAUAUGAAUAUCAUUUUAUAUUCAUAUAGAAUAUAAUAUGGUUUAGAGGGCUUUUCAAAGAACAAGGGCUCCUCCUGCCACCUUUCACCAGAUCCUCAGAUCAGAGAAGCAGAAUUUGAGUAAAUGCAGAGGAAAUACAAUCGAGAGUUUAUUCUUCUAUGCUUUGAAACUCUACCAGAGUGAUACCUCUUCACUUCUGAAGACUGAACUUCGGCAUUAGGUGCCAAACUGACCAGAAGCUGCUAAAAAAAAAAACAAUUGCUGUGGUCCUCAGCAGUUUAUUUGAUCUCCUCUGGAUUUGUUACACUGACCUUCUCUGCCUACAACUCCUGGUUAUAUUUAGAACACUGAAAUCAUUUGUAUAUAUUACUGGGUUGAACAAUUAGCUGUUAUUAGAGGUGUGCCGAUCGAUCGGCCACCGAUCACACAAACUGAUUGCCUGUAUCUCAGUUCGCAGCCUGCGUGUGCAGCUGAUCUCCUUUUUCCUUCACACUGCGAAAGCGCGCAGCAUCAAAUCCUAAGCAAUGUCACGUGGAACUUCAGCGCUCAGAGUGAAGGGGGACGUUUGCGUGUUGCAACGGAAAAUUACCUUGAGGAUGAAGCACGUCAAAAUGCAUCAACACAACAAAUCUAAUAUGACAUUUAAGACACUUGACGGAGUUUAGCUAUAUCUAGGCUCACUGCAGAAAAAAAAGACAUCCAGAGCGAUCAGACAGCAGGUAAAAAGCCGCACACAACUACCAACACUCACCCGGAAGAGCAUUAUGGUCAGAAAGCUGAACAAAUGACCAGAAAAAAGUUUAAGUCAACCGCGCUGCGCUAGUGGUAGUAAUAUUUCUUAGACGUAGCGUCAUUCAACUUCCACCAGCAGUGAACUCUCGCACCAAACGUCUGCUUAACGCUGCAGCAUGUAGCUUAGACAAACAAAAAAAGAUUUUACAUAUGUAUUAAAACUUUCGCUAUGUCCUAACAUGAGACAGAUCAUCUCUGAAAGAAAAAAUUAUAAUCGAGCUCCAGAGUUGUGACAUUUAUUUGACUAAUAGCGAUAAUUUAGGGUACAGCUUUACUGUUAAAUAUUAUUUUACUGAUUGCAGGUUUUUCUGUUGUCGUUUUGACUUAACAGCUGAUGUAUUGUGCCUGCAAGUAUUUUGCAUGUUUAUGUCAAAAUUAAGUGAAUGUAUUACCAAAUCAUUUUUUUAUUUUGCCAGAUCACAUAGUAGCAUUUAUACCUAAGAGGCCAAUCCAGAUGAUCGGCAGCGAUUGGUGAUCGGCCCUCAUAGGUGAUCGGAAUCGGCAGCAAAAAACCUGAUCGGUGAUGCCACUACUGUGGACUGAGUCAUGUCCACACAACCAUACUGUUCCACUAUAAGCAUAAAUCUGUCACACAAAUGAUUGUAGCAUCCUCAUUUAUUAUCCAAUUUCUACAAAAUGACUUAAAUUAUAGCUGAGAAAAUAGCCGAUGUUUUGAUUAGUAAAAUAUGAAACCAGCCAUAAGCCUUGAUAUUCUGAGUAUUUUAGCAAAACUUAUUGAAAAAUCCAGGUGAACGUAUCUCUAUUUUUGUUUAAAUACAUAAUAAAUUUGUGCAACCAAA